AUGGUAAUAUUCUUAAGUAACUCAUUCAGCAGCCUUGAUUGCACUUCAGAUGACAUCCCAUCAGAUGAACUUGGCUCUCCGAUUGCAACAUCCUCACCUAACCCUGCUGAUCGCGCCAAACCAGUAAAAAACUCCAGCCAACACCGCAAAAUCAAAACUCUGGUCAUCAAUUGUGAUGGCCUCUGCAACAAGCUCCCUCAGUUAGAGUCUCUGAUAGACCACCACAAAGCUGAUGUCAUAGUGGGUACUGAGUCCCAUCUCAAAAACGCCAUUUUUACAUCAGAAACUACCCCGCCAGGAUUUGUCACUUACCAACGAGAUAGAAUCCAGGGGAAGAAAGGAGGUGUGUGCAUUAUGGUGAAAGAUGAUCUAAUUGCCAGUGAAUGUAACAUCAUUACAACGGAGGCUGAAUUAAUUUGGGUAGAGCUACACAUUAAAGGGUAUAAACGUCUCAUCAUAGGUUCAUUUUACAGACCUCCCAACUCACCACCUGCGAACAUCCAGCAUCUGUCGGAUUCGCUAGCCAGCAUCCAGUCAAAGUUUAAAAAUGCGAUCUUGAUUGUUGGGGGUGACUUUAACCUUGCAGACAUUGACUGGACCAAUCGAUCUGUUAGACCUUAUGCUGUGGAGUCGGCAAAAUGUUCUCCGUUACUGGAUGUAUGCAAUGAUUUUUUCCUGGACCAACUAGUCAAAGAGCCCACAAGGAUUUCUGAAGCUGCUCAGAACAUUUUGGACCUCGUCCUCUCAACCCACCCUAAUUACAUUGAAAAAUGUAAAGUGGUUCCAGGUAUCAGCGAUCAUGAAGUGGUUCUCUUCACCCUUAAUCUUAAACCCAAACUCAACAAAAAAGUUCCAAGAAAGGUUUACUUGUAUGGGAAAGCAAACAUGGAGAAUUUAAGAGCUGACAUGACAAACUUCCAGGACAGCUUUCUUAAUAGUGACCCAGAUUCCCGCAAUGUGCAAACCAACUGGAACAUGUUCAAAGAAAAGAUCAGUGAACUCAUGGAAAAGCACAUUCCCUCCAGAACAUCUUGUGCCAGUCAUAAAAAUCCCUGGAUUACGAGAGAAGUGAGGCGUAUGUCCAAAAAGAAACAAAGCUUGUAUAAAAAAGCGCGACUCUCCAACAAUCCUAAGGACUGGGAUAGCUUCAAAGUGCACCAGAAGGCAACUCAGAAGAAACAGCGCAAAAAUUUCUGGGCCUUUCAAAAUAACAUGUUUGAUGAAAAAGAUAAAUCAAAUAAAGCUUUCUGGAAGUUCAUCAAGUCCAAGAAAUAG